AUUUACUCCGUGCGGUUUGAAACUGUCGGGUUGCUGCUGAGGAAGUCGUUGGACUCGUUGUUGUCUCAGCGGCGACGCGGAGACAAGACGCGGAGGAAGGAGUCCGUGUUUGCGGAGAGCCGAGGUGUAUUUGUACAGAAUGUCAUCAGAUGAGGAGAAAUGCUCCCCUCCAGUUUUGCACAAUGAAUCCGACCGAGGCAGUUCUGUCUCUUCAGAUCUUCAGGAAGAGUAUGAAGAACUGCUUCGUUAUGCUAUAGUGACUCCAAAUAUUGAAUCAAGUGCUUCACAGCCGUCUCAUUCUAAGGGAGAAGUGGUGCCAGAUAUUAGAAUUCCUACUAUAAUUGAUGAUAUUCUUCAAAAUCCAGCAGGAAAUAGCCCUGCAGUAAGAGAAACAAGGAUGGAAGUUGGAAAAAGAUAUGAUUUAAAUAUUUCAAGUCAUUCAAAGACAGACGGGUCAUCACCAGUGUCGUCCCCAAGGAAGUCACCUCACCUGGUUUUGGACUUCUUCAGUUCGAAUCUUUUAGUUGACUCUUCCUCACCAAGGUCUAAUUCUAGUCCUGUAGAUGCCCAUGAAGUAGUUGGGACCGAUUUUCUUAUUUCUGAUGAAAACCUUCAAAAGAUGGAAAAUGUGCUUGAUCAUUGGAGUUCAGGUCUUAAGACAAACAUCAUAUCUGAACUAAGUAAAUGGAGACUUAAUUUUAUUGACUGGCACCGAAUGGAAAUGAAAAAAGAGAGAGAAAAGCAUGCAGCAGAUAUAAAACAACUGUGCAGCCAGAUCAACAGCUUGAAGGAGCUGCAAAAAACCUAUGAAGUCUCCAUUGGGAGAAAAGAUGAGGUGAUUUCUAGCUUGUCUCAUGCCAUAGGCAAGCAAAAGGAAAGGAUAGAGUUGAUGAGAACAUUCUUCCGCUGGCAAAUCAGCCAUGUCAAAUCCAGACAGGACGUUUAUGAAAGUAAACUAGCUGACCAGUACUUCCAGAGAACUUUACUGAAGAAAGUCUGGAGAGGCUGGCGGGCCAUAGUACAGAAGCAGUGGAAAGAAGUGGUGGAACGAGCUUGCCAAGCAAGAGCUGAGGAAGUCUGUGUCCAGAUUUCCAAUGACUAUGAAGCCAAAGUUGCAGUGUUAUCUGGAGCUUUGGAAAAUGCAAAAGCUGAGAUCCAAAGGAUGCAGCAUGAAAAAGAGCACUUUGAAGAUUCCAUGAAGAAAGCUUUCAUGAGGGGUGUAUGUGCAUUAAAUCUUGAAGCCAUGACUAUAUUUCAAAGCAGAGGUGAUACAGGGACAGACUUCACAAAUAAUAAAAGGGAAGAGUAUGGUCCUGGUGUUCAAGGAAAAGAACAUUCUUCUCAUUUGGAUCCUUCAGCUCCUCCGAUGCCCUCAGCAAUUGCAGUGCCACCAUCCCCACCAGCGGCAGCCCUGGGAGCCACCUGCACUGCUGCCUUUCCCUCUGCUGCUUCCAUCACUCCUGCCGGGGCUGCUUCCACUUCCUCUGUUCACCUUCCUGUUUCUGCUCCUCAUGGCGCUGCACCGACAGCUACAGCUUCCUCUACACAGGAAGAAAUGUAUGGGCCCAGGGUUGUGACAUCAGCACAACAGAAAGCUGGAAGAACAAUCACAGCCCGGAUCACAGGGAAAUGUGAUUUUGCUUCAAAAAAUAGAAUCAGUAGCAGUUUAGCUAUAAUGGGAGUUUCUCCUCCCAUGAGCUCCGUCGUUGUGGAAAAACAUCAUCCGGUCACAGUGCAAACCAUUCCGCAAGCUACUGCAGCAAAAUAUCCCCGGACCAUUCACCCUGAAAGUAGUACCUCAGCUUCCAGAUCUCUCGGAACCAGAUCAACUCACACCCAGUCUCUCACAAGCAUUCAGUCCAUAAAAGUGGUUGACUAAAAUGAAUAUGUUCCUAGUGAGGUUGUUGAAUUCUUCUGGCUUUACUAAGAAUUAGAAAUUUUUAGUUUUUAAAAUUUCAUAUUCUUAGAACAUCAUGGAUACAUCAUAUUAAUUUCCUCAAAAUUACAAGAGACUUUUUCAAGCGGUACCAUCCUUUGUAACUAUAUGUAGGAUUAUUUUAAUGUGAUUUUUUAUUUAAGCAAUUAAGUAAAACUUUUUUAAAUUAAAAAAGAAACUAAAAAAAAAAGAAACUAGCCUUAAUUUUUUUAAUAGGUUCAACCUGUGACCGAUUAUAUCAUCAAAGUAUAUAAAUCCUGUUUUUGCAGUGUUAUUUCCAAAAGGCUAAAUCAUUUGCAAUGUUACCAAGUAAACUUUGAGAGAGAACUUUACUAAAAAAAUUAUUUAAACUAAUAGAAACUAAGGUAUUUUUAUUUGAAAAUUAAAAAAAUAAAAGCCCAGAGUAAUAUCACAAAGUUUUUUUGUGACUUUAAUAUAUUAGUCCUCAUUUUUGGGGGGCUCUAACAAUUAAAAAUAGGGGGGGAAAUAGCAAUACCUAUGAAUAGUUUUUAAUGUUAAAAGGGAAGAAAUAUUUUACUAGCACAAUAACAGAGUUACAGAAACAUCAGAAAGAAAUUUCCUACUGGGACUUCCCUGGCGGUCCAGUGGUGGCUCUAGAAGCCACCACAAUGAGAAGCCCGCACACCACAACGAAGAGAACAGCCCUUGCUCGCCGCAACUAGAGAGAGCCUGUGCGCAGCAACGAAGACCCAAUGCAGCCAAAAAUAAAUAAAUAAAAUAAAUUUAAAUCACAGAUCAAUAGGUUUUUUUAAAAAAAAAGAUUAUUGUAAGCAUCUUUUAAAGCUUUAUCUAAACUCUAAAAAUUGUAUAUUGUCUACAGCACCAAGUAAUUAGUGUUAGCCUAAUUCAACUUAACUUCUUCCAAUGCAGGGGGUGUGGGUUCAAUCCCUGGUUGGGAAGCUAAGAUCCCACAUGCCUCGUGGCCAAAAAACCAAAACAGAAAACAGAAGCAAUAUUGUAACAAAUUCAAUAGAGAAAGACCUUAAGAAUGGUUCACAUCAAAAAAAAUCUUUAAAAAACAAAAGAAAUUUCCUGUUAGGAUGAUCCUAUUUCAAAUGUUCUUUCUUACCUUUUUGAAACUCUAUAGCAUUGAACCUUUUUUUGCUCUGAACAUCCAAACAUUGUCCUGUGAUGGUACAGCCCUGGACAAUUCAGCAAUUCAGGCCUUCCAGGCCUGGCAGACACUUUUUAAUGCCUGGCCAAUAGGAAGAAACCAUCUGGGCAAACAGAUUUAGGAGAACAAGACCAGGCUUCUAAUGCUUUUAUUGCUGGCUGACUGUGUUAUCUAGGGCCAGACACUUAAAUUAAUCUCAGGGUCCUCAUCUGUGAGAUAAUGAGAUCUACCUACCCUACCUAUUUUCCAAAGUACUUAUGGCUCACAUAAAAGUGAGUGGAUUCUGAGGAACUUGUGAACAGCCUCAGUUUCCGUAUCUUUAACAGAAGUGGAUGGUUUCAGCCUCUUUCAGUCUGAACAUGACCUAGCCCUGUGCUCUAACUUUACUAUUGGAAAUAGUUUUUCUUAUUGCCUCAUGUUGUAAUAGGACAUGAGAGGAUAAAUGUGAGACUGGCAAAUAUCCCAUUUUCUAAAGGACACACCAAGGCUUUUUUGAACUAUAAAAGUAUCUGGCUGUGUCCUAAAGAGUAUUAGAUCCUUCUUAUGCAGUGCUUCUUUUGGAUUGUGGCCAGCUACCACUGGUGGCAAAUAGCUCUUCUUGGGUUUCAAUAAGCACAAAUCAACAGCACUUCAUCUCCUGCUGCCUGUACCACGGGCAUGCUCCUCCCCAGAGCUUCCCUGUCCACUCAGAGAGUUGAGAUACCGGCAGGCUCCACUCAUAUGCAGCCUGGAAUUAACAUCCCAUUGGGGUAAACAGAUCAAUUCUUACUUUCUCCCCAUAUGAAUUGUCCUGAAUUAGUCCAUUCUUGAGGUCAAAUAAUCAGUUGUUCCUGAUACCAAGUGUUGGCCAAUUUGGUAAAUCACGCUGGUCUUGGCUCUCCCUUCCCCAUCUCACUUCCUUUUUCCUUCACUCCUGCUUCCUUGGAUCUACACUCCUGAAAAAAGCAGUUGCUCAUAAACUGUGGUCUUGGGCUCUGCUUUUUAAGGAACUUAUAUGACAACAGGGAAUGGUUUUCAGUAAGCAGCUUCCCUGGUGGCGCAGGGGUUAAGAGUCCACCUGCCAAUGCAGGGGACACGGGUUCAAGCCCUGGUGUGGGAAGAUCCCACAUGCCACGGAGCAACUAAGCCUGUGCGCCACAACUACUGAGCCUGGGCUCUAGAAGCCACCACAAUGAGAGGCCCGCACACCACAACGAAGAGAACAGCCCCCACUCGCCGCAACUAGAGAGAGCCCAUGCAUAGCAACGAAGACCCAAUGCAGCCAAAAAUAAAUAAAAUAAAUUUAAAUCACAGAUCAAUAGGUUUUUUUUAAAAAAAGAAUAUUGUAAGCAUCUUUUAAAGCUUUAUCUAAACUCUAGAAAUUGUAUAUUGUCUAUAGCACCAAGUAAUCAGUGUUAGCCUAAUUCAACUUAAAUUCAACAAUUAAAACAGUUAAACAGUAAGAGUAUGUAUUCAUAUUUGUUUAUUAUUGCAUAAAGAGGUUACCCAGAUUUUGAAGCAAGGUCAGUGGAAACUGGUCAUACUGAAGAACAGGUGGGGACAAUGCUUUUCACUAAAUACCUUUCUAAAAACUUUUUAUAAUCAUGUGAACAUAUUACCUGUUUUAAAAUUAAGCUUACCAUUUACAAUCAGCAUGAGAUGAAGAUGCAGAACUAUAAAUUCAUGAUAUAAUAAAUGGACUGAAAUUGCUCGUGAUUUUAUUUCUGGGCUUAUAGACUUAGAGUCAGAAUUUGAUAAUGGAGAGCCUUAAAUUAUAAUGAACAGGUGCACAUAAGCUGAUAGAAAUUGAUACUUGAUUUCAUAUUUCAGAACUUUCUCAGAUUACAAAAAUAAUGUGUGGUUAAUAUUUUAAGAAAUAUUGGAAAGUACCAAAAGUACAAAGAUAAUGAAAAUCACCUGUAAUUACAUCACCAAGAGAUUAAAAAACAUUGGUGCAUACACCUCUGGUCUUUUCUUAAGUGAUAUAUUACACAUAGGUGUUAUUUAAAGCCAACAGUAACUGAAUUUCCAAAGCAAGUUUCUCUUAUGAAACAAAUAACGGUUAAUGAUUUAAAUGCUAUGGAUAUGAGGUUAGGCAUUUCAUAGACAUUCUCCCUUCAUCAUCACCUCAAUAUUAUAGAAGAGAUAGACCUCUUUCCCCCAUCCUAUAGAGAAGGAAACUAAAGAUCUGAGAACUUGAAUGUUAGCAUGCCCAAAGGCUCACAGCUAAUAAACGGCAAAACCAUGAUUCAAAACCAUGUCUGUCUAUUCUUAAAACCCUGGGUUUUUUCAUUUACCAUAAUGUUCCCACCAUCAUAAUUUUUUAAAACAUGAUAUACAAAAUCCUAGGUUAUUCUAUCACUAGAUAUGUUAUCACAUAUUAUGUUGCAUCAAAUGACAGAAAUGGGAAAAAUCAUAUACAACUUGCCUUAAGCAAAACCCAAAAAAUUGACUUUUCAGUGGUUGGAAAGUGUAAUACCAUUUUUUCAUCUGUUAGAGAAUCCUGUCACUGCCAUCUUCACGGUUGAAAAGAAAAUCAAUACUACUGCUGGAAGAACUUUACGCCAUUUGAAGAACUGAAUUUAAGAGGGCUGAAUACUGAAUGGAAAAUCAUUUAAAUACAAUUUCUUUAGGCAUUUAUGAAACUGCACAUUUCUUGGGCCUUGAGUCAGUUUCACUUUUAAAUUGACCAAUCUUUUCUGGAAAAAAUGAUAACAAGAUUAAUAGCUAAUAUUUAUUAAGCACUUGGCUACAUGUCAGGCACUAUGAAUCCCACAACAGCCCUCUGACACAGACACUUUUCUAGUUAAAAACUGAGAAUGCCGGCAGAGUGAUUUCUGUACAGAACUUGCUCGAAAUCAUAGCCCCUUAUUUGUUGGAGUUCAGCUAUAAGCUCACACAGUCUCACUCCGGAGUACAUGCCCUCACCCACUGCAGUGGACUGCCUCUCAGUCUUCCCUGGGAGUUCUUGUGGACACUAUUUCAUAGAAGUGAAUAAGUUCAAAAUUGAGGGAACAAACCCAGAGCUAGGAGGAUAAUGUCAUGGAAGGUGGGCAUAAUCCAUGCACACUAUUCCUCGUACCAACCACUGCUUGAAACUGAAUAUUGGAUCCGUGAUGUGAUGUGCAUUUAUGUUCUCAGUUUCAGGUAAAACUGCACCAGCGAAAAUAAUGGUGAUAAGUUUUCAAAGCAUCUUCCCUGACAGUAUGGUCUUUGGCAGAGUGAUUUUUAGCAGUAAUCCCAGCUGGCAAAAUAAUUGCCUGUCUGCUCUUUUCUCUCAGUGUAGAAGUAAUUUUUUCAAACAUACUAACUCGCAGAGUUCCCAAGAGGAACAGGCAUGUUGAGCAAGACAAUUCUUAGUUGUAGAGCACUGUCCU